AUGUAUGUGAAAUGGUUUGAUACAGGAAUGUUUUACUAUGUGAUUUUAGUGAAUGUUACUUUUUGUCAUUUUCAAAUUUCCCGCUGUUCCGUCCCCCGUAUGUCCCGAGGUCGCAGAACCCAGAAGACAGAUGCCGGCAUCCGCUGGAGGACAUUACAGGGGACACUGCAGGAGGGACAUCGUGGGAGCGCAGGACAAGGUAAGAGAAAAACAGAUCCUGGAGCAGUGUCGCAUGGUAAGCCCGAGUGUAGUUUGGGGUUACCGCUUUUGCUACACUCGGGAAUACCGCCAGGGGGGUUA